AUGCAGCAACAGCGACUUGGUGGAAUAACUUCCUUCGAAUUCAAGACGAUCACGAUCACAUUCUACCAUGUGUGCAAUGUAUCAAAUAUUUAUCAAUUCUAUCUUACGAUUGGUACCAAUCCUAGUGGUAGUAAAAGUCCAGAUAUUAUUACAAUGAUGAACAAACAAAAGCAUGUACCAUUUGAAACAAAACGUUUAUUUGUUGAUGCAUAUGCUACAUUUUGUUCCUAUGAUUUACGUUCAUAUGAAAUAGUUAAUGAACGUCGUGGAGAACUGAUUGAAACAUUAUUAAGUGACUUAAACGUCGUAAAAUUAUUCGGAAUUUCUACUGAUUACUGGAAAAACAAAUGUGAACUGCAAAAUAAAUUACCAUUAACAUUAAAAAAAGAUAUUUGCACCAGAUGGAAUUCUACCUAUCAUACUUUAUGGCCAAUUUGGCUGAGUUUUGAUGAAGUUAAGCAAAUAUUAGAUACUCGAAAUGAAAUUGCUCAUUUGGAAAAGAUUGACCGGUAUUUGGUCAAAGAUAUUAUAGAUUUACUUGGUAUUUUCAAAAUUGGAAGUGAAAAAUUAUCUGCUGAUCAUGUUCCUACUCUAUAUUCAGUUCUGUCUUGGCUCCACAAAUUAAAAAAAACUUGUGAACUAAAAGAUACCGAUCGAUUACAUAUUCGUCAAUUGAAACAAAAAAUAUUGGACAAAUUAGAUAAUAAAAUUUGGUUGACUGAUAUUCAUUAUAUAGCAAAUUUCCUUCAUCUGGAAACGAAAUCCCUUUCGACAUUAUCACAAUUAGAGCGAAAUGUGUUAGAAAAAAAACGAAAUAAACGUGCUAAACGCGAUGACAUAUCAGUUCAUGGCGUUUUGAAAGAGUUUGUGUCGAAUUCUGCAGAUGAUGAAGUGGUGGAAUAUAUGAAAUUGAAGAUCAAUUAUCCUGAAGGUGAAGGUAUACUUGUAUCGUGGAAGAAACACUCGGCUAUUUUUCCACAACUAUCACGCUUAGCACUUUCACUUCUUUCCAUUCCGGCUUCAUCAGCUGCAAGUGAGCGCGCGUUUAGUGAAACUGGUCGUAUUCUAGAAGCGCGACGACAACAACUACAUCCUGAGUCACUCGAUUCACUUGUUUGUUUUUUACGUAAUUUUAGAUAA